AUGGCACUUGUUUAUUCUGCUGCAGCAUCUGGCACAAGUUCGACAGCUUCACUGUGCCAGUUCCCGGCCACGACAACAAGCUCACCAGCGGUGUCCACAACAGCAAGUGUAGUAUCAACGCUGGUGACUGUAGUAACAACAUCCGCCAGCAGCACAGGCACGAAUACACCAACCCAGCCCUCCACAUCCAGUCCAUCAGUUGGUUCUCGCCAUGGCACAGGCACGAAUACACCAACCCAGCCCUCCACAUCCAGUCCAUCAGUUGGUUCUGGCCACGGCACAGACACGGAUGCACCGACCCAGUCGUCCACGGGCGGUCCAUCAGAUAAAUCUGGCAAACUAGGAGCGGUGAUGACGACUGCAGCGACCGAAACCAUGGACCGAGGCUCAGUGACAAAUGCCUCCACUACGACACUGGCACAUAAUGGACGUGUGUCAGGCCCACCGGUGUCAACUAGUGGCUACGGCACAGACACGAAUGCACCAACCCAGUCGUCCACGGGCGGUCUAUCAGAUAGUUUUGGCAAACUAGGAGCGGUGAUGACGACUGCAGCGACCGAAACCAUGGACCGAGGCUCAGUGACAAAUGCCUCCACUACGACACUGGCACAUAAUGGAAGUGUGUCGGCCCCACCGGUGUCAACUAGUGCAACUAUGCCGACCAAUGCCAGCACGUUGACUAGUGUUACUGCUGCUGUCCCCAGUAGCGUCACCGUCAUGCCCUCGCCAAGGAACACAGACCAAGGAACGGGGCCUACUACUCUGAUCAGCAAAACCCUGGUCGUGUACAUUGCUGCAGGAGGCGGUGCGCUGGUCAUGCUGCUUGUGACCAUUGUUGUCAUUUGCAAGUGUACCAGGAAACCGGGAAGCAGGAAACGCGUAGCCAUUACGCCUUCACCUGCAGCCCGAAAGCCAGCAGCUGUACUGCGCCAAGCAGGCUCAGAGUUUUCACCCAGCACGUCCACACGUAAUCAGACCAUGUCUGCAGAAGACUCGCCUAUAAGCAAUGCCUACAUGGACCAGUCGAUCCUGAAGCUUCAGUUCGACGGCGGCAACAGCAUGCAAGCGCAGUCGCUUUCCGUCGAUAGCGUCGGAUUGGGCCCGUUGAUGCGCACCGAGCGUACGAACACAAUCGGCUCUGUGUACGCCACAACGGAACUGCUGCACAAGGAUGAGACACUGUCCAUGGACAAUGCCAGCAUGCUAAUGGCCGACGACUCGUCCUACAUCUACAACAAUGACGACGAGAAUGUGUACCACGCAAUGGACACUACCAGCCUGCAUCGUCGCCAUAAUACAAUGGAUACUGCCAGCUUGCAUCGUCCUCAUACUACCGACGACGAGAAUGUGUAUCAUGCAAUGGAUACCACCAGCUUGCAUCGUCACCAUAAUGCAAUGGACACCACCAGCUUGCAUCGUCACCAUACUACCGACGACGAGAAUGUGUAUCACGCAAUGGAUACCGCCAGCUUGCAUCGUCACCAUACUACCGACGACGAGAAUGUGUAUCACGCAAUGGAUACUACCAGCGUGCACCGUCACCAAAAUACCGCCGGGCUAGAGAGGAACACACCAUCAUCAUCUGCACUGUCAACAGCCACAUUUUGCCACGUACCUACAACUACACAACAUCAUCAGCAGCAGAAGCAGCACGCUGACACCAGAAGCCAGACGGGUUCCGAGUACGAGCCUUUGGAGACGACGUAUGCUGUGUUGCUAAGCAGUGACCCAUGUUACGAGUUAUUGCCCGGCCACCGGUCUCAGAAUCAAUCUUCCACCCGGCGUCCACGUUCGAAAUCGCAUGCUGGGCACAGUGUGGCCAACAAUUCAAAAUACGUCGCAUACAACAAGAACUCGAGUAAGCCGGCUUCAAGGGCUAGCCUUGCGAUGGACCUUAUGGUUCCCAAUAGUCCAUCGGCAGUCCCGCUGCAGGCGCCCGAAGUACCACCACAUAAUGACGUUAGCAGCUUUAUGCCGCGACGAUGUUCGCGGGCUAGUGGAUCGAGCCUGAUGGAUUUGCAAGAAGAAUCCAUGCACCAGUCUAGUGACACGGGUGUACGACCUAGCCGCAACAGCAAAACCAGUGUUCACCAGUCUAGUGACACGGGUGCACGACCUAGCCGCAACAGCAAAGCCAGUGUUCUAGACAUGCUGCCCACAGUUCUCUAACAACUCAAAUCCUGUCUUUCAUGGAGAAUAAUAUCUCUGCUUUGCUGUCUCGUAACUCACGGCCCUGUAUUUUUUUCUCCCUCAUUCGCUCUUUUUCCCCAAAUUUGAAUACCGGUAUUAUGUUGUACACAUCUUGAGUCAGUGGCGAUUUACUUCGAAAUAGCUGAAUGUUUUUUAACGCUUUUUUAACGCUUUUUAAUGUUUUAACGCUUUUUAACCAUUACAAUUCAUUUAUUAUUUCAUUUUUCCUUCUUCUACAUAACUAAGAGGACAUCUCAGGCCACUGGCCAAGUCUUUUGUUUUUAGAUCUUAUUUCUAGCAACUGCUUAACCAUAAUUAUGUGACAGAGAAGAAUCAUAGAAGUUAGA